GAGGAGGAGGGACAGAGGAGGAAGGGCAGCACCAGGAUUUGCUUCCCAGCGCCGGGGGAGAGGCUGCGGAGAUGGAAUUCCCUCCUGCCCGCUCCUCCGGACUGCCCGGCCCGUGGGGAGGGACUGAAAAGCGGCAGGAAAAGAGCCUGGAACGGUAAAAAAGAUGCGGCUGUUCCCCCGCCGUGGAGAGGGACGGGAUGGAGAGCCGGGGAAAAAAACGCUGGUUUAUGGGAAUCCGGAGAGUGUCUGGCGUGGAAUUCCCCGGGAGAGCGGCCCUGGAGCUGAGCAAGAUGUUCUCAAACAACGAUGAGGCCGUGAUCAACAAAAAACUGCCCAAGGAGCUGCUGCUGAGAAUUUUCUCCUUCCUGGAUGUGGUCACUCUGUGUCGCUGUGCUCAAGUUUCCAGGGCAUGGAAUGUUCUGGCCCUGGAUGGCAGUAACUGGCAGCGAAUUGACCUGUUUGAUUUCCAGAGGGACAUUGAGGGCCGGGUGGUCGAGAACAUUUCCAAGAGAUGUGGGGGAUUCCUGCGGAAGCUGAGCCUGAGGGGCUGCCAGGGAGUGGGGGACAACGCCUUAAGGACCUUCGCCCAGAACUGCAGGAACAUCGAAGUGCUGAACCUCAAUGGUUGCACCAAGAUCACGGACGCCACCUGCACGAGCCUCAGCAAGUUCUGCUCCAAACUCAGGCACCUGGACUUGGCCUCCUGCACCUCCAUCACCAACCUGUCCCUGAAAGCACUGAGCGAGGGAUGCCCGCUGCUGGAACAGCUCAUCAUCUCCUGGUGCGACCAAGUGACCAAGGACGGGAUCCAGGCCCUGGUCAGGGGCUGUGGGGGGCUCAAAGCCCUGUCCCUGAAGGGCUGCACCCAGCUCGAGGAUGAGGCCCUGAAGUUCAUCGGUGCUCACUGCCCCGAGCUGGUGACGUUAAACCUUCAAACCUGCUUGCAAAUCACGGACGAUGGGCUGAUCACCAUCUGCAGGGGCUGCCACAAGCUGCAGUCCCUGUGUGCCUCUGGCUGCUCCAACAUCACCGACGCCAUCCUCAACGCCCUGGGGCAGAACUGCCCUCGCCUCAGAAUAUUGGAGGUGGCGAGGUGUUCCCAGCUGACCGACGUGGGCUUCACCACCCUGGCCAGGAACUGCCAUGAGCUUGAAAAAAUGGACCUGGAAGAAUGUGUCCAGAUAACAGACAGCACCCUAAUCCAGCUUUCCAUACACUGUCCACGGCUCCAGGUCCUGAGUUUAUCCCACUGUGAGCUGAUCACGGACGACGGGAUCCGGCACCUCGGGAACGGCGCCUGCGCCCACGACCGGCUGGAGGUGAUCGAGCUGGACAACUGUCCCCUCAUCACUGAUGCCUCCCUGGAGCACCUCAAGAGCUGCCACAGCCUGGAGAGGAUAGAGCUGUACGACUGCCAGCAGAUCACCCGCGCAGGGAUCAAGAGACUCAGGACCCACCUUCCCAACAUCAAGGUCCACGCCUACUUCGCCCCGGUGACCCCCCCGCCCUCGGUGGGCGGGAGCCGACAGCGCUUCUGCAGAUGCUGCAUCAUCCUAUGACGCUGGAAACGGCUCUUCCCGGCAAAACUGAGGCUGGAAUUGCGCCCGUGGCGUUCCAGGAGGGGGGACACUCACACACACACACACCAGGACCUUGGAGCGGGGCUGGGGGUGCCCCGGAGCCCCUUCCCCAGCCCUGCCCGCGAUCCCACCCGGGAGCUGCUGCGGCUGGGACGGCUUUUCCGGCUUUUCCGCAGGUGGAUCGGGGCGAUCCCGGCCCUGAACCCCCCUCCCGACCCAGACUGACUGAUGCUGCUGGUGGGGGCUGGAAUAGGAACCGGAAUCCUUGGAAGAAGUGGGGGCUGGGGGAGAGGAGAGGGACUGGCUUUGAUCCCGCAGCCGUCGCCCAGGAGGGGGGAAAAACCAAAACCCAACAAACCUGAAAAUCCCGACAAGUUCUAACGUCCCGUUUUUCAGCGAGGGGGAUGAAGGAGCAGCAGCUGAGCCGGGAUUCCCUCUGGGAGCCAGGGUUUCCUUGGAACCCAGGAUUCACCUGGGAGCCAGGAAUUCCCCCGUGCUUCCCACGGGAAGGUCCCGUGUCUCUCCCAUACCCACGCUGUCCAGCUCAGAGGCUUUCCCAGGUGGUUGUGGUAGACCUUGGAAUCUGUGAUGUCGGAUUUUUGUUGCCCUUCCCCACGUCCUCCUUUUUUCCUCUUUGUUUUUCUUUUUUUUUUUUUUUUCUUUUUUUAUCUUUCACCAGGUUUUUAAUUCAGUCAUUUCUUGACAUCUCCCAGCCCAAAGGGACAAAUCCCUUAAUUUCGGUUUUAAAAAAGAGACUUUUUUUUUUUUUUUUUUUUUCCCCUCAGGAGAAGCCUGAGCCUGUUGGGAAGGUUUUCAAGGAGCAGGUUGAGCUACACCCCAGGCUGGGCUCUCGUGGGAUUUCUUGGCCUGUUUGAGCAGGGUUUGGGUGUCCAAAUUUUAUUCAGAUUUCAGGUUUUAUCCCAGUGACAAGGAUAUAAUUCCCAAUAUAGGGAAUAAUAUAUAUAUUUAUAUAUAAUUCUCAAUACAGGGAUUAAGUUCUA